UUACAUCUCUAACAGAAAAACAUUUAUUCAUUUUAAUAAAAUUUUAGUGACAACAAGAUGUAAUUUUUUCAAUAAAAUAUGUAAAUAAAUUCUCAAAAUCUUCAUAUUAGCGGUUGAUUGGACCUUUUCGAAGUUACUGUACUAAACUCACCAUAGCGCAUUCCAACAUUUGCAUCAGCUGUCCACGCUGUUUACGCUGAUAAGAACAAUUUGGUCGGUGCAAGUGCAAAAUUAGUGGAGCGGCGUAUUUUCUUCUCUGGAGGGAAAAUUUAAGCAAUGCGACCUCUAUGUCGCCAACCUUGCGCACGAGGUCUUUUAAUACAACCCGCUAAAACAGUUCUUAAUUAUAUUUUGCGUAUAUAUGGUGAUAAAUCGGGCCAAAUAGAGAUUCCACCCGAACCCACAACAUGCUGCAUGUCUGGUUGUGCGAAUUGCGUUUGGAUCGAGUAUGCGGAGACUUUGUCGAAACUGUUCGAGGGUAAUGACGAGAAGGCUAGACAAAUUAUAUUAAGUAAAAUUACAGAUCCGAAUUUGAAAAUGUUCUUAAGUAUGGAGUUGAGAAAUAUUGCACAACGAAGAGCCGAUGAAAGAAGUACGAGUACUUCGAAGAAGGAUCAAUAGCCGCUAGAGAAAAAUGUUAAUUAAAAUUAUUGCCUCCCACUCACAUGUAACAAUAUACUAAAUAAUAUAUUUAUAUGCUAUACAAAUUAAGUGCAAAAUAAAAUAAUUUACAUUUACAAAUAAAGAAAAAAAAUAA